AUGACAUCCAAUUCCUUCACCACUCGUCCCCAUAGCGAGGAAGGCACCUUCUCCCCCGGUGGCCCCUGGCCGACCUUCAACCCAGCCCUCAGCCCCGCAACGGUCAAUUACCGCCUCAACCACCUUGCAAUCCGUAUCAAAGAUCCCGCCCGGUCCCUCCACUUCUAUGUGGACCUCCUAGGCAUGCGCGUCGUCUUCACUAUGAACGCUGGGCCUUUCACAAUUUACUACCUAGGCCAUCCGCCGCCGGGAACUGAGGACCUGGAUGCGUGGGCCAAGGAAACCAGUGAAAUCCCGGUCAUGACGCGGACAAGCGGGCUACUAGAGCUGUACCAUGUGCAUGGAACAGAGGAUGGUGAUUUCGAGGUUUCUACAGGUGGUAUGCCCCCGAACCUGGGGUUUUCGCACCUGGGAUUUACGGUUCCGGACGUGGAAGCUGCGCUGCAACGGUUGAGGGCGGCGGGGGUGCCAGUGUUGAAGGAGCUGGGGGUUUGUUCGAGAGAGUCUGUGCCGUUGUCGAAGUGGGAGGAGCAGAAGGGGUUUGGGAUAGGAGAGAUUCAUCCAAAUUAUGCGUGGUUCUUCGAGAAGUUUGGUAUCGUGGCUGAUCCGGACGGAUAUUCAGUUGAACUCAUCCCUCAGAAUAUGUGA